UAGUGAGCGAAGUGUAAAUGCCUCUGUUCUGCAGGCAGUUUCAUGUCUAGUUUGACAGACACUAUGGAUGGAUUUAAGUAUACCUGGCUGGACUUCCUCCUCACUUGUGUUGGUCUGGUGUUCCUGCUGCUCGACAUAGUGCUGGAUAUCUGUGCCGUUGUGUCUUUCUACGAGGAGAAGAACUAUGUGUGUCUCGGUAUCCUGGUGCUGUUUCUGGUGGGCUCGUCAGUUCUUGUUCAGGCCUACAGCUGGCUGUGGUAUAGCUUUGAUGACUCUGAGAGGAAAACAAAAGUUGAGAAUUGCCUGAAUUGGAGACAACUCAAGCUGCUUCAUGUUUUCCAGCUGGGAAUCUACUUCAGGCAUGCAGGUGUUGUGGAGAUGUCUCUACGCCGCUUCUUUUCUGAAGACCCUAACACUGAAGGUUUGGCAGCACACCUGAGCCACGACCUCAGCUUGCUGCGGCUCAUAGAGACGUUUUCAGAGAGCUCCCCUCAGCUCGUCCUCAUGCUCACUCUCACCCUGCAGCGGGGUGAACUGAGUCCUUUGCCAGUGUUGAAGGCGCUCGGGUCAGCCUUAGCCAUCGCCACCAGUGUGACCAUGUACCACCGCUUCAUGCGCUCCUUCCUGCCCCAGAAGGCGAAGCAGGGGCCCCUGUCCUCGGGGGUCUACUUCCUCUGGAACCUCUUGCUCAUCGUGUCUCGCCUCAUCGCCCUCGCCCUGUUCGCCUCUGUUCUGCCCUGCUUCAUCUUCACCCACUUCAUUUGCUCAUGGCUGGUUUUUUUCUUCUUCAUCUGGCGUAGCAAGACCGAAUUCAUGGACAGCCCUUGUGGAGAGUGGCUUUACCGGGCCACUGUGGGCCUCAUUUGGUAUUUUGACUGGUUUAAUGUGGGCACGGGGAAGACAAGGAACAAGACUAUGAUCUAUCAUGGGUGCAUGCUGGUUGAUAUCACCGUCCUCUGCAGCUUGUGGUGCUGGAAGAUGAGCACAGACCCACCUUAUUUUCAAAUCCCACAGUUGUAUGCUAUAAUCACAGCCGCCAGUGUUGUUUUAGUUUAUAUUUUUGGUCUCUUAUGUAAAAUAAUAUAUUACAAGUUUUGCCAUCCAAGCCUCACCAAAGACGAGUUAAAAGAGGGCCCAACAGGACAGGGACUAGUUAUUAAUGGAGAUGAGGUGGACAAUUUAGUCGCUAUUGGAAUCGCCACAGAUGUUACAGAUCGCAGCAUGUCGAGCCCAGCACCCGAAGUUAGACACUACAAUAAAAGAAUGAGGAAGUUGGCCGAGAACUUCUACGCCUCCUGACCUGCAUCACUUGACAUCCACCGGACAAAGAGGCCAGAUUGAAACUGAGUCAUGCAACCAUCAGUCAAGCAGCCUUUGUUAACGUGAUCACUGGGCUGUGUGUGGGAUGGUGGACUAUGACACAAUCUCAUGGGAGAUGACUUCAGUUCACAUCCAACCUGCUGGAUUCUUGUAAUCCUUCUCUGCACUGUCUGAACUGCUGCUGCUGUCUACCAAGGCACAUAAAGCUGGCAAUUAUUAUUUAUUGUUUAUUUUUAUUUUUAUUAUCAAUAACUGAUUUAUUUGUUGAUAGACUAACAUUUUAUUAAGGCUGCCUUAAAAGAAGAAUACUCACAUGCUCAUAUGUACAUUGAAUGUUAUUGGUCACUAUAAUAGUUCAUUUUGUCCAUAAUAGUGCUGCAACUAAUGAUUAUUUUCAGUAUUGAUCAAUAUUCCAUGAAAUGUCAGAAAAUGGUUACAAAAAAAGUAGUAAUCAGUAUUUCCCAAAACUUUAGAUGAGACACCCUUAAAUUUCUUCUUUUAUCCCAAUCAAACAAUUCACAAUCCAAAGAUUAUUUAUGUUUAUUAUCAUAAACUUAAUAUUCACAUUUGAGAAGCUGGAAUCAGAGGAUUUUUGACUUUUUUCUUUAAAAAAAGUCUCAAAACGAUUAAUCAAUUAUUCAAACAGUUUAUUAACUAAUUAAUUUAAUAGUUGGCCACCAAAGAGAUCCCCUCCUGGUACUGUUGGCCAAAGUCCUCAGUCCUCUCUCUGUGUUUACUGUACAGACGGAGCUCAUACUUGAACUUUGCACUUUAAAAAAACCCCAAAACAAACUCCCCAGCUUUAUUCAAAUUUUCCCCCUAGACUUAGAAAAUAUCACCUUCCACACUAAUAUCUCAAAAUAAUAUAACAGCUUUGAAUUUGUACAACUUAUUUCAUCAAUGGAACGGGAAUUUAACAUGUUGUACUAUUUUAAACUUUAUAUGUUUACUAUAAUGAACAUAAUAUUCACCAAAUGGCACACUAGAAAAAAAGUUUAUCACUGACAUGAAAAGUUAUUAAUACUGACUAAAUGCAGCAGGCACAUGAAUGCUGAAAUAAAAUAUAAACCUGAGAUGAAAAAAAAAAAAUUGACUUUUACACUCACUUCCAAAAAGUUCACACUACUACUACUAAUAACUCCACACCCUUUAUUUAUCCAUUUCCCCACCCUAUUCAUUUUCACCCAGCCAAUCAAAGCUAAUCUGAGGCUUCAUGUACAUAUGGAAAAGUGAGUAAUGUAUUAAAAUAGAAUUGAAAAUGUGUCAGUUCUUCCACAAUAGAAACAAUUGUUCUUAAGCUUGGUUUUACUUGAAAUGUAAAGAAAGAUUAUAUUUAUACUAAUAUUUGUAAGUUUAUUUUUUUAUCCUUGAUUAUGAGUUUGUAAUAAAGUUAAUUAUGAAUAUAUUUGUAUGUUGAUUAUGUAAUAAAUUGUGUUUUUGUAAAUGGAAAAUAACUUU